AUGGCGAUUUUCGUGUUAACUGUAGUAGGAUUAAUGUUUGCUGCAAGUGCAGUGAACGCCGAACAAGUAAAAGACUUUCGCAUGUGUCGGAGUACUAAUUGUGUUGUAUAUGAUCUGUUUAUUGAUCCAUGUCCCGAAGCUUUAGACAACAAAGUAUGUGAAUUGCCACAAGCCACGAACGUGUCUAUCGCAUUCAAAUAUAAACCUAAAUUUGGUUCGAACUUACCAAAGACAAGACUAUACGCUCAAAUCUUUAUGUUGGACUUGCCAUUUAUUCUUCAGAUGGACACAAACGCAUGCUUAUACACAAGUUGUCCCGUGGUGAAGGACACUGAACAGAAUUGGCUGUAUAAUGUAUUCUUACCGAAAAACUAUCCAAGGACAGGUUACACAUUCAUGUUCAAGUUCUGGGACACCGAACCUAAUGCUCACAGUGACGACGCACAGUGCUGCUUUAAAUUCGACGUCAGGAUUGUUUAA